AGCUUCACUUCAUUGUGCUCGUGCACUGAAACUCAUGAGUGUCCCUCACCACAGACCAGUCACGCCAAAUCUGAAGCGCAGAUUGAUAGUCGCCGAAGGAUUCAUCUCGCAUCAAUCCAUCCAGGAUUGGAUUACGCGCUAAAUCCUCUGCACUGGGAUUCAGAUUUUGUUCCUCUGAAGAUGCCCGCUUGUGGAUCGCAGAUUGGGGACAUUCGCGGAAUUAAACGAGCUAAAGGCUGUGUGGUGAUAGCUGAAGCCUUCCUAUGAGGUGAGCAUAUUGGUGUGGACCCCCGGCUCCCCUCCCAGCGCCAGCAGCAGCAGCAGCAACAGCAGCAGCAGGACUAAGGGAUGUCACAAGUAUUCCUCCUUCUGACCCUGCUCAGUUUCUCCUCCUGCAUCCAGGUCUCAUCUGCUGCAUCCCUCAAAACGUUGAUGGCAAGAUGGAUGAUGUACCGAGAUGAAUGUUUUCGAAAUAUUAGCAGAGAACCACCGAUAACAGGUCUUGUGUGCAACAGAACAUUUGAUAAGUAUGCCUGCUGGCCGGAUGCACUGCCUAAUACUACAGUGAGUGUGGCCUGCCCCUGGUACCUGCCCUGGCACAAGGAAGUCCGACAUGGGUUCGUGUAUCUGGAGUGUGAUGCAGACGGACAAUAUAGCAAACAGAAGAAUGCCAGCGAAUGUCUAUCACGUGACCCCACACAAAUCAACAUGCAACACUACGGACGGAUCCUCAGUCAGUUCCGGACCAUGUACACCAUUGGAUAUUCCCUUUCUCUUGCGGCGCUGGUGCUGGCAUUGGGCAUCCUGGUGGCCUUUAGGAAGCUGCACUGCAUGAGAAACAACAUCCACAUGAACUUGUUUGCCUCCUUCAUCCUGCGAGCCUCUUCUAUUCUCAUCAAAGAUGCCAUGUUGGAAAGGCCUGAUGACUUCCAUGUUGGUCAGGACAUCACCACUGAACUGGAGGUGGAGUGGCUGGUUAAAAACGAGACGGCGGUCGGCUGCAGGGUUGCAAUGGUGAUGAUGCAGUACAGCAUACUGGCCAACAACUACUGGCUGCUGGUGGAGGGCAUCUACCUGCACAGCCUUCUGGUCGUCACAGUCUUGACAGAGAGGAAUUACUUCGGCAUCUACCAGUGUAUCGGCUGGGGUGCCCCUCUGAUAUUCGUGUUGCCGUGGGUGAUCGUGAAGUACUUGUAUGAGAAUGAAGAAUGCUGGGUGCAGAAUGUUAACAUGGAGUACUGGUGGAUUAUUCGUUCGCCAAUCCUGCUGGCCGUGUUGAUUAACUUUUUCAUCUUCAUACACAUCAUCAAGAUCCUCGUGUCCAAACUGAGGGCGCACCAAAUGAGAUAUUCUGACUACAAGUUCCGGCUUGCUAAGUCAACCCUCACCCUGAUUCCGUUACUGGGGAUCCAUUCGGUCCUGUUUUCAUUUGUUACUGAUGAGUCUACCUCACAUGGUGCUCUAUCCCUGCGCCUAACAAAGCUAUUCAUCGACCUCUUCUUCAACUCCUUCCAGGGGCUGCUGGUAGCCAUCUUAUAUUGCUUCGUCAACAAGGAGGUUCAGUCUGAGAUUCUGAAGAAAUGGAGACGUUGGAAGCUUGGGAGGGACAUAGAGGAGGAGUACCGUCACACCUACAGCCAGUCCCUUCAGAUGAAGAGUGGCAGCAUCAUGGUCCCUCCUUCCAACCUCUCGCGGCUGCCUGAUAUCGCUACCACUACCUCCCGGCUCGGCAGUCCAGAAGAAAAGCAGAUGCUAGUGUCCAACAGCCAGAAUGGUAUGGGCACUGGAUUGCAGUUCACCUCCACACCACAAGAUAGUUCCACCUGCAGUUCGAUAACAGAAGACAUAGGAAAGUGUUGUAGCGUUCAACAGGACAAUGCCAAGAGCAAUCUGUGAGCUCCAGAUGUCUCACAGAAGAAGACCCUUAUCCCAACCACCCUCGCUUCUUCUGGCUGAGGGUCCUGAAGCAAGGAGCAAGAGGCGUGUGAAUGUGUGUGUGUUUGUGUGUGAGUUUGUGAGAGCACUGUCCUCUCUGAUGGACGCAUGAUGGGCACCCGUUCAUCACGUUACAAUGGUGCUCAGUUGACAUUGUCCCAGUCAGACAGGAUCAGCGGUGAGCAGAAGGUGGACAUAUGUUAAAGAUUUGCACAAAUGUACAUGCUAACAAACUCAAUGAUGAAGAACAGAGUCUUACCUCUAGUCUUAUAUAGCUGUCUGUGAUGUUGAUGAUUUAGAAGAGAAAACCCAAUAGGACUGCAGGGUCCAAGAGGAACCAUCACAAGCAAACAUCUAUGACCAGCACCUCUGGAUGAAUGGAAGAUUAAGAAAGAGACUUAACUGAACUUGUCAAAAAGUUAACUAAACCGGGUAAUGCAUUCCAGAGUGCAUAAGCUCCAUUUGAACCGAAGGAACCCCACAUGUCCCUGUAGAAAAGACUGACUUGGACCUGACUUUCCAUACAGGUUUAUGCUAAUAUGGUGCCGAUGGACCAGCAAAGCCAAAAAUGGGUGAAGCUGAUUGGUCAAGGACAUUAUGCUGGUUAAGUAAGCAAAGAAGCCUUGUGGUGACACCAACACACCAGCAUUUUUGUUUGCAUAUAUUUUGGAAUCAAUUGAUGCUUUUGGGUACAUGUAACACAUAAAGCUGUGUUUGUGUAGUUUAAUUAAAACCAUCUUUGUCUUUGUUAGAAAUUAAUUGCCAAGCUAAGCUAUAGAUAUAGACUGAUCAAGUAUUGACAGGUAUUACCCGUGUGCCUUUUUCUGUAGGUCAUAGACCCCAAUAUUAAAACAGAAACACAAAGAUUCAUCUUGCAGAGUAAGUGAAGUACAAAUCAGUCACCCAAUCCUCAGAGGUGAAAGUUGCUUAAAGCAGAUUCUGUAUAGUGAACAGGACUUCAGGCAAACAUUAGAUGAAUGUGCCACUAUUAAUCACGGCGAUUUGCUCCCUUCAAGAAAAUAUGCUUGGUAUACUCAAGCAUGCAAAUUACAGCCAUAUGUGAAAUGCUUCAAAGGGUCUGGGUCAAUGCCUUAAUGGAGUAGUAUGACAGAUCUGAUUUCCCUGUGUCAGUGGUCAGAGGAGAUGACUGUCCACCAGAUAUGUUGAUAUGUUCAAGAGUCAGUAUUAGUUAGCAACUGCUUCUUUUCUCGCAUACUUCUCAUCUCCCAAUAGGCAUUCAAAUACUUUGCCAUAGAGCUUUGAAAGAUGUUCAGGAAGUGUAGGAGGACGAGAGCCAGAAAGUGAAGAGAAAAUUUUGAACAAAUUACAACCUAAGACAUCGAUCAAAAUGGUUCCUCACUCAGAGGAUGUUUGUCAUGCUCAGUUCAAGAUAUGAUAUGCUAUAAAAAAAAUAAAUAAAUACGCAACCUCAAGAGACUGAUAUCAGAUUGCAGCGAAGUGUAGAGGUGAAGUGUGUAAUUUCUACGACAUUAGUGCCACCAAAUCUGUUUGUUUGAGUGGCCCAGCUGAGCCAUAACAAUAACAAAGAGUUUGGGGUGGGACUUUUUGUUUGAACCGUAGGGUUAAGGUUUGUCUGGUUGAUAUUGGCAAUUAAUCUAUGCUGGUAGAUGCUGUGACUACACCAUUAUAGAGGCAAAAAUCAUCUUUCCUCACUGACGACUAAACAUGUAGAUAUCAAGCAGCUACAUUUAAGUUGACUGAGAAUGCUAACAGAUGGGAUUUCUCAGUUAUUGAAAUGAACUUGGUCUGAACAAUUGGAACAUAGAGAGUCUGUUAUGAAAAUUAAUAUUUCCAAUUCUGUUUAGUGUCACUAAUGACGUAUAAAUUACAUACUUCACCUUUAAUGACAAUGAGCAGCUGAUGCCCCAUAUUGUGGCAUUUGUGUGCAUUAUGAUGCACAUUUAUAUUUUCUUUAGAUCAUCAAACACGUGAUGAUAAUGAUGAUGAUUUUCGCUGAUAACUAUGUGGGGCAAUUUGCACAAUUUUAAUUUAUAAUUGUUAAAUAUGUAGAUAUCGGUAAAUGCCUGUUGAGAUUUGUAAUGACUUUGUUUUGUGGUGUCUGUUAUUUGUGCACAUGGUGUGUAUUUUGUGCUUGUGUGUGCUUCGUGGAGAGUGAGAGAAACAUUUAGGUCCUGGUUUAGUGUUCAGUUAACUAAAAAGAGAAAAAUCUGGCAUUUUUUGACCAAUUUUGCCUUUUGAGUGAGAGAUAAUUCAGUCUUUCUGUGGUAAAGGUGAGAUAGUAGUGGCUAAUUUAUAAUAACUGCAGAUGAAAGACUCUUUAGUGCUUACAAAGUGCUAAACGUUGCAAAAUCCAGUUGGACUUUUUUCAAAAAGGGAAAUACUUCAUCGCCACAACGGAUCAAAGACCAUGAACUUAUUUGUUUGAGGUUGUCUGCCAAAACAAAACAUCCUGUUGAAUAUUUCAAACAGAUUUUCCAAAAUUGGCAUCAUGUAAUAUUAUCCAAGCAUGACAGUAAUCAUGGAAGUCGAUAAAUCAUGCAUUCAUGGGUCUGCCUUCUAUUUUCAUGUGAGUGUAAGGCCUGUUUCUUGCAGCCAAACUGAAGUGGCGCCAAAUUCUUCAGUGAGGGAGGCAAAGCAUCUGUUAUGCUCAUCUCUCUGCAUUCAAACUUCCGAACCUCUUGGAAUAUCUAGGAAUGAACUUGCCAAGAGUAUCCCAGGAGAACCCAAGCCAUGCUUUGGAAGCAGGAGAGAUGGAAAGCUGAAUCUGUGUAACAGAACAUGCAUCUGAUGAACUGAACCCAUUAUUUUUAAGUAUAUGAAUUGUAAUGAUGUUGCAUCAAAGUAUGAUAUUUUGAAACAGUCAAAACUUAUAUUGAUGUAUAUAUAGGAAUAGCUUACUCAAAGAUUCAAAAUUUGUCAUUCAUUAAUAAUGUUGUUUCAUCCCCGUAUUAUUUCUCCAUCACCACAAAAGGACAGACAAAAAAAAAAAAUUAAGUUGUCGUGACAAUCUUCCCUUUUGCUGUAGCUUUUAAAUUUAAAAUGUGCCAUUUCCAAACAGGUCGUGUUGCAUUUGGUCACAUGAUGCAUGAAAAUCAAGGAUGUCAGAUUCUCAUAAAAAUGAGUUUGAACUUUGGUUUGUUUCCCACCUAAAGCUAUUUUAUGGCUUCAGAAAACUUGGAGUUUACCGUAGUUCAAACAUCAUAUUGGCACAUGUUUGGCGCUUGGCAGUACAGAUCAUCUAAUUUUCUUGUAUAGAUGUCUAAUAUCUCAUUUGAAAUGUCAUGAAAUGAUUUGACAGAAUUGACAGAAUUUUCAAUUUUGAGUGAACUGUUCCUUUAAAAUCAAUUUGUUGGCAAGAACUCAAAAACAUGCUACUAUUUCAAAUCAUUUUCUUUGCAAAAAUGUCAUAAAAGAUCCUGUUUGCCCCUAAAAUAUAUAUAUUUUUUCUUUGACUGCAGUGUCUUUGGUUGAAUGUAUUGAAUAUUUCUUGGUAAGAAUUCCCCACAUUUGUAUUAUUAAUAUGAUUUUUUUUAUUAUUAUUAUUUAUCACAGUGUUGGUGUUUUAUAGUACACCUCAGCUACAUUGCAAAUGACUGAUGCAAAAUAAUAAAUCUAGAACACUCCCAUUAUAAUCAAAUACAAUGUAUACACUAUAAACAAACGGUGUUGAAACUUUGCUCUUUGUAAUGGGUGUGUUCUAAUUUUUGUGUUGUGUAAUUCGCUUGCUGUGUAGAAGGGCUGCUGGUAUGGUUGGCCAGACAUGGAACCAGAUAUGACAGAGAAGGCCUGCCAUGCUGUAGAUUAAAAUAUGUGCUUGUAUAAUGUUUUUUUGAUUAAUUAUGAUAUCAAGAUGGUGAAUAAAUAAAUUCAAAUAAUAUAUAUAUAUAUACAUUUAUACAAUGCCAUUCAUACAAUUUCAUACGAUCUGUUUACACUUCACUGAUGGUUAAGUUUAGGGGUGGAACUAAACAUAUUUUUUUCUAGUUUCUUUGUACAAAUUCAUACAAAAUCACAUAAUCGGGUUGGUUACUGUGAAUUUCUUCAAGCCUUGACUUGAUGUUUACAACUAUUUGAAGGUUAGCUCGAAGGUUACAUACCUAAACUUAACAAAUACCUUACUAACUAUUAAUAAGCAGAUAAUUAGGAGUUUAUUGAGGUGAAAGUAAGUGAAAAUUGGACCUUGAAAUAAAGUAUGACCAUUUGGGAACACUUUAGAUUAGGGAACACUAUUCACUAUUAACUAGUUUCUUAUUAGGAUGCAUAUUACAUAUUAGCACACUGUUUAUUAAUACUUUUAAAGCACAUAUUAAUGCACAACCAUCUAUACAACAACUACUUACUAUCAAUAAACAACAAAUUAGAAGUUUGUUGAGGGAAAACUCUUAGAACAUGUAGCUAGAAAAUGUAGCCCACCAUGUUCUAAUAUUCUCAGUACAGCAAUUGUUGUAAACCUGCCUAAACAAAUCCAAUGUUUACACUGGACUGGAUCGUUGAGCAGACAUGAAUUGCUUUGGUGCAUUAGCGCUUUAUUUUCUAAUCAGUUUAUUUAUCUCAAUCCUCUUUAAGGCUGUAGGCCAAGCUUCUGUCCUGCCUUUAACAAAACAAAUCUGUCUGUUUCACCAUAGACUUCUCACCUCUGUGGCUUUAAUACCUUGUCCGCUCUUUUAAAGAUUGUUGUGCAGGAGAAAGGAGCACAGUGUGGAAAACAGAUGUGUAGAGGUGUUGAUGCUCUGGGGAACUGCUGUUGUGCUUGUGUGAGACUGAUGCUGGAAUAAGACCUGAUAAGGGCAUUGUUAUCACAUGCUGUUUUAAAUGCAUGAAUCAUUUAUCAUAUCACCACAUUGGUCUGCCUCACAUUGUGAUUUGUGAUUCACUAUUAGAGCCUAACAAGGCCAGUGAAAUGCUUGAAACACAUAGUCAUCUGGUGUGGUUGGGGAGAUCUUGUUUCAUAACCGUCUAGUUAGUAGUCUUUGCUGUGUUUUCAAACCACACUGUUUGUUUCCUUCUAUCCUGGCAACUGCCAGGACAAUCCAAAUGAGGUGGUCCAUUAUCAACCCCUUCUGUCCACUGGGCCCUAAAUCAUUUCCACAUCAUUCAUCAUGCUCUACUAGAGUUUGUAGGCAGAUGGCACUUGGAACAGAAUCACAGUCGCUAAUGUGAACUGUAUGUUUAGAUGAAUGCUUUGGUAUGUCGUGUCACAAAUGUGUUCAAAUGCCAUUACAUUCAUAACAGCCUAAUCACACCACCGUAAAAAAAAAAAAAAAAAAAAAAUUGGAGGAAAGUAUUGUGUGUGGUAUGGAAGAACAGGAAUAGGGGUCAUGAAAUUGAUUUUUUUAGCAUGCAUAUUACUAUCAUACUAUAUCUGCUUUUUAUUAGUAUUUAUAAAGACAUAAAAAGACACAAAAACGUAUAGGCUCACUGGAAAAAUGUGCCUCUCUCUACAUUUUUGCAAAACUCAAAAAAAAAAAAAACUACCUAUAUAUACAAUUCACUGUAGUUUUCAACUGAAAUGAACACAAGACAGUAAAACACCAACAACUUUUAUUCCUUUUUACACAAAUAAUGAUUAUGGUUGUAGAUUAUCAAUUAACAAAGACUUAUUGUCUAAUGGUUGCUUGCACAAUACUAUGUUAUGACUGCAAAACACUUUUACUAUAGUGUUUGAUUUGUAAAUCAAAACAUUUAGACUUUUGCAUCACAUAACCAGCUCCAUAUGUAUUGCUUUUCUAUCAUAGCAAACUUGCUUGGUAGCUCACCUGGUACAGCAUUGCGCUGGGAAUGAAUUGUGAAACAUGGGUCAAGAUAAAAGAGCUCAAAUCUUACAAGUUUUUUAGUUAUCUUAUAAUCUAUUACAGUGUACAAAACAGUCAUGAAAACAAGAGAGAGCGAGUCGGCAAUACCAGGAUGACAUAAUUAAAUUAUUGUGCACAUAAUAUUGAUUCGAGUUUUAAUAUUUUAUUAGCUGACCAAACGCACAACGUCCGCAAAGAAAACUGUUCCUAGCAAGCAUAUAGCACUGACUUCAGUUGCCUGGAUUAGACUGUGUUAUCAGCUUUUACCUGCUGUUGUCGAGGAAUAGCAUACUUUGGAAUGUUGCGACUGACCAAUCAGAAUCAAGAAUUCCACUAAGCAGUGCAAUAAUUCGAUUUAAUUCACAACCUCGGGUGUGCAUUGCUUUCUAAUAUUUCAAUGGCCUGUCAUCAAUUAUUCCUUACUUAAGUAAUUGUUAAGUAUUACAAAAUUUCAAGGGACACAAUUUAAAACUGGAUGAAUGAACUUGAAAGGGAAUUUGUGAUGUUCGCACAUUAUGCACUUAAGUAAUUUGUUCUGAUUAAUCUCAGUGAUCUGCGCCUUGAUGAACCAGGCUUUGAAUGAACACUUAGAGCUUUUGUUUACAUCUGUACCUGCUGGUAAAAACAGCACACAUACGACUAGCCGUGCCCUCCAUCAAAUAAUACUGUGAAGUGCAAUUUCCGUCCCUUUAUUUCUUUAUGCUCAUGACGUACAGACAUAAUUGUCAAAAGUCAUAAUGACAAUGAUAGAGGGGCAAUUUUGUAUCUGCUAUAAAUAUUUCUCAUAAUGGGACCAUUGCUUCCUCUCAGGUUGUUAUCAGUUCCAUUAGAGCUUAAUGGACUCAUUCAUGAUGUGAUUACAGGGCACUUCUUACACAUGAAGCUCUUAAACCUUCUUCUCUGAGUUAAACUGGCUUACCUUGACUCAUGUUGACAAAGUAAGUGGGCUGAGUUUGUUCUGUUGUGUUGGUUUAUCAUUAAUUGUAAAUUGGCCUGAUAUUCGUCUCUAGAGAAAUGUCAGUGCUAUCAGUGCGAGGUAAUACCGUAAGUGGCGUAUUGAAUGCAUCUUUGUUCAUUACCACAGUAAGAUUGUACAAUGACUGAAUAACUAAUUUCUCAUUGCAACUCAUUAAGUGAGCAUCAUGAACGACAGGAUAGGCUUGAGCUAAUGAAAUCUUCACUGUGAUUCAGAAAUCUUCUAGAAUGACCAGAUUUACCCAUGGCAAUAUACUCAAAAAUGUAAGUAUGUUCCAGUUUUAGGUUCACUGACUUGAAAUGUAGUAUUCAUAAAAGUGAGAAAUUAAAUCAUUUAUUGUGCCCACUUACAGUACAGUACUAUUUAUUUCCACACACUGUUAGUACCAAUUCACUAGGAAAUAUUAUCUGUUCACCAUAAAAGUUAUUGCAUCUCUUCAGAGACCUGGUGUAAAAUGCUUAAUUUAUAUGGAUUACUUUUUUUUUACAUCUUUACAUCUUUUCAUGAAUUUUUAAAGCCUGAAAAUGUGGAAUUUUGGUUGCAUGGAUUUUCAAUGAAAAAAAAAAAAAGAUGAGAGAAUAUUAAAAAUGAAUUUGUGUUCCGAAGAUGAAUGUAUAAAGUCAUACAGUUUUUUUUGACCGACAUGAGGGUUAGUAAAUAAUGGCAGAAGUUUCAUUUUAUGGGUGAACAAUUCCUUUAACAGAGUAUAUCAAUACGUAACAGUGAAUGGUUGAAGCAUAACACAUAACACAUUUUAUGAGAGUGUUUUUAAGUGAUUAGGUGCAUUUUUUUUUUUUGUAUGCUGAAUUCCAGUCAGGUCCUCAUGACACUCAACCUUGGAGAGGGAAGAUAUCACCUUUGCUUGUUCUGUCUAGUCUUUUGGUUAGGAAUGUUUAUAGUUUGAAAAUCAUAUGAUCAUGUUUUAGCAAAGGAGAGUCAACUGCCACAUAGUGGGACUCCAGGGUCAUUCAGACAGAUUGCAACUUAAUCUGUGGCUUUUGCUUAUGUUUAAGAAAUUGUUGUGCUGAACCUUAUAAUUCCUUGCACAGAGACAGAUGAAGUCCAUGUUUGGAAAGUUUCUAUAUAAGUUUGUAAUGUCUUAGAACUGGUUCAAUUUAUUCCUAUAAUUAUUAGUGCUUCUGUGUUGUAGGUUGGUGCACUCCUUAAACUCAUUCGUAAAUAUGUAUUAUUUAUUAAUAUGAACUUAGUGUUCUUCAGAUUUUUAAAGAAUAUUUUUUUAGAACUUGUACUUGCAGAUAUAAUAUUAAGGCGACUUAAGAAAGCUUUUAAUUUUGUAAUCAUUUAGAGUGAAGCUUUCAAGUGAUGUUUUAAUUAUCUACUGUCAUGCUUUAAACAAGUACACUUAUUUUGAUGUUUGAUGUUAAACAAUCCUAAUUUUUUGACGAUAUGAAUGAUAUGAGUGGUAAAAUGACGACAACAUUUCUAUAGAUAUCAGUAGAGGCUCACCGGUGUCACGCCCCUGGACUGUUUUGUUGUGUUUUUGCUCCCCAUGUGUUCUGUGACCCAGUUUUUCCUUUGUCUGAUGGUUAAUUUGAUUCCAGGUGUGUCUCCUUAGUUCCCUCGUUAUGUCUUUAUAAGCCCCCGUCCAUUCAGUUUAUGUUUGUCGGUCUUUGAAUGUCUUCCCUGCCUGUGAUCCCUGUUGGACUAAAGACUCUAGUUUGUGCAAAUUCCUGGUUCCCUCGCUCCCCGUGAAGUGUGACAAGCGGACAGUGAUUUUAAGUCUCACCCAUUUGUCUGGUGCACAUUUCAGUGACAGAAUAUGAAACACAGGAGACAAGCAGAAUGUUAAGAGACUAUUAGACUCGCUGUUCAGCUGCACAGAUGCUACACAACUGUCAUACUAACACUGUUUUCCAUCCUAAAUCCACUGAGCCUGCAUUCUCACAUGCAAGUCUGUCUUAAAAACAUUCUCUACAUUAGAACUGGUUCUUUCAACCCAGGAGCAUUGAUUAAUGGGUAGUUAUGUCAUUGUGCUGUGGGGUGUUACCUCUGUUUGUGUCACGGUGGUGUUACAGGGAGAACGCAUGCAGUGGAGUAAAUAGUCUUUAAUAAAUGAAAACACAUGGGAUCAUAUCCAACAUGAAAGCUUGAACAUAAACCAAAGAAACACAGGGAACGUAACGAGUAGACCAGACAAAGGAGAACUGAACAGGCAGGAAUUAAUAAUCACAGGAUAAUUACAAAACACAGGUGCUGGGGAUUAAUCAAUAAAACUGAACAAGGACAGGAAGGUAACCAAAUAAGGAAACACAGGAAGAACUCAGGGCAGAACAAGACCAAAAACGUGGCAAUUUGACCCAGAAGAGCUAUAUGCUUCCCAUCUGGCGGUUUUAAAACCAGGAUCCCCUCUAUUGGUCUCCCUCAGUCUCACACUAUCUCCAUCUGCCGGUCUCCUCUAUGCACGAUUGCCCCUGAGCAAAGAUCUCAGUCACUUUCAGUUUUACACUCAGCGAUGUACAGAGCAUAUUUUCAUCUAUGGCUAGAUUUGUCUGCUAAUAUGCUGGCCAAUGUAUUGCAAGGGCUCGAUCCCAUUGCACAUAUUUAAAACCUCAGUACAGGGUCGACAUAGUUAACUUCAGAUAUCUAAAAGCCAGAAAACUGACAAUGGAGAAUGACAGUUAAUGGCCACUAUAUGUUGAAAUGCAACAUGUCAGUUUUAGCUGUAUUUAUUUAUUUAUUUUUGUUUGUUUUUGGCAAUCAAGUUAAAGAAUCCAACUAUUUUUAAUAUAUAGUCAGCCCUAAUUCUGACAAACUGACUUUAUGAAGAGAUGUUGAUAAUGGUAGACUGAAAUAUCAUAGAAGUUUGUUUAAUUCAAUGCAGAUUCUUUGUAAUUAUUUGGGACAUUUAAUACUAGCAAUUUUUGAGUGAAAAAUGUUUCAAAGUAAAUUCUACACCAUUUUUCUUUCAAAGUAAUGUAGGCUAUAUUUCAAAUACUCGGAUGAUACAGCCAUACUCGCCCUCCUUAAUGGUUACAGCAUAUCAUAAAUCUGUUGCUUAUUUCACUCAAUGGUGUACAGACAACCUUCUUCUUCUCAAUGUUACUAAAACAAAGGAAUUCAUUUUUGAUACACGGCACACAUUUUCUACUUCUCACUGUCCAUCAAUGACCAGUCAGUAGAAAUUGUUGACAGUUUUAGGUACCAUGGCAUCUUAGACAACAAACUAAGUUUUGACCAUCAUGUCACGGACAUUCAUAGACGCUGCCCCUAAUUUGUCAGUUCUUAUUGAUACUGCCAUCAUUCGCAGGGCAAAAACUAUAAUAAUAAACCCUAGCCAUCCUCUAAAUUUAUGUUUUACUCUUCUUCCAUCAGGCCGUAGAUAUAAACAGUUACCCCUCAAAAAAGCACGCUUCUGGGAAAAGUUUUGUACCCUCUGCUAUUACAAUGUUAAAUUCACAGGAAUCGGGUAGUGUGUAAUUUAAAGUUAUAUUGUUUUGUUGGUGCUACUACCUCCUGGGUAAUAUACGUGUAGGUCUGCUGACGCAUAUUUGGUGCAGCACAUGUGUAUCAUGUGCACUGACUCUGUAUAUUUGUAUUUGGUGGAAGUAUGUGUGUAUCAUUUAUGUGUGUAUUACGUGUAUUACAGCUCGGAUACAGUCUGUGGAAACAAGUUUCCUCUUUCUGGGGACAAUAAAGAAUGAAUCUGAAUCUAUAGUUACCUUAGUCUAUCCAUGUAUGAUAUUUUCCAGAAAACUAAAAGAAAAUACAAAUUUUCUGUAUAUACUGCAUAAGAAGGAGAAGGGUUGUAAAAACUCCUAUU